GCGGAGACAGUCUUUGCGCCGGCGGCGGUGGCGGCUGUGGGGGCUGGGCGGAGCGCCGCGGUGCGGGGCGGCCGGGCUGGCGGCGGCCGGGAGCCGCGGGCGGAUGCGAGGCGGAGCGCACCGGGGACCGAAGCGGUGGAACGGCUGCGGGGGAUCCCGGGAGCCGUGGAGCUGGAAGGACUGAGAUGUGUUUUCUCAUUUGUGUGCUUGAAACAUCUACCAUCACAUGAACUCCAGAUUGAGCCACAGAGUUCUGUGACCCCGAAAGAUCCAGGAAUGGUGUUGCCAGCUUUGGGACAAGCCAUUUUUACAUCCUCUUGACAAACAUAUAAAUCCUUUGCUAAUUAAGGCUAUGGAACCAAAUAAAGACAGGCGCAUUCCUUUGCCAAAUGAACUCUGGGGCUGUUGAGUUUCACUGUAACUGGCCAUUCCCAGUCAACUUACAUAGAAGUUAUGCCCAAAUGGACGUGAAGCCUGUGGCAAUGUAUCCGAGUUCUGGAUCACAGUGAAGAUUUAAAAAAGAAAACAAAACCUAUUAUGACGAAUCCUUGGGAAGAGAAAGUCUGCAAAAUGGCCCAAACGAGUCUGCUGCAAGGGAAGCAGUUUUACUGUCGUGAAUGGGUUUUCCACAAACUUCAGCACUGCCUCCAGGAGAAGUCAAGCUGCUGCAACAGUACAGCCAACACACAGUCUCUUGUCGGAAAUGCUGGGAAUAAUGCUAGUGCCAUCUCUGGAAAGGGAGCCUCUUGGGGUGUGUUGCUGGUAGGAGGGCCUGGCAGUGGCAAGACAGCCCUCUGCACUGAGCUCCUGUGGCCAAGUUCCCCCGCAGGCCUGCAGAGAGGCCUGCACCGCCAGGCUUUGGCUUUUCACUUCUGCAAAGCCCAGGACUCUGACACUUUGUGUGUUGGAGGGUUUAUCCGAGGUCUGGUAGCCCAGAUCUGCCAAAGCGGACUUCUCCAAGGUUACGAGGACAAGCUAAGAGAUCCAGCCGUCCAGAGUCUCCUAGGGCCUGGAGAGUGUGAGAGGAACCCAGCAGAAGCAUUUAAAAGGUGUGUGCUGCUCCCACUCCUGGGGAUGAAGCCACCCCCACAGAGCCUCUACCUGUUGGUUGACUCCGUGGACGAAGGCUGCAAUGUGGUGGAAGGGGAGCAGACGUCGCCCAGCCUCUCCGGGACUGUGGCAGAGCUCCUGGCUAGUCACCACGAGUUCUUUCCCCCGUGGCUGCUGCUUCUCUGCUCUGCCCGGAAACAGAGCAGAGCCGUCACUAAAAUGUUCACUGGGUUCCGGAAGAUCAGCCUGGACGACCUCCGGAAGGCCUACAUCGUCAAGGAUGUGCAGCAGUACAUCCUCCACCGCCUGGAUCAGGAGGAGGCCCUCCGGCGGCACCUCACCAAGGAGACGGCCGAGACCCUGAACCAGCUGCACAUCAAGAGCAGCGGGUGCUUCCUGUAUCUGGAGCGCGUGCUGGAUGGGGUCGUGGAGAAUUUCAUCAUGCUUCGCGAGAUCCGCGACAUCCCGGGAACGCUGAAUGGUCUCUACCUCUGGCUGUGCCAGAGGCUUUUUGUCCGAAAACAGUUUGCCAAAGUUCAGCCCAUUCUGAACGUGAUCCUCGCGGCCUGCCGGCCCCUGACCAUGACAGAAUUGUACCAUGCCGUGUGGACCAAGAAUAUGUCUCUAACCUUGGAGGACUUUCAGCGCAAGCUAGACGUCCUGUCCAAGCUCUUGGUGGAUGGGCUGGGCGGCACCAAGAUCCUGUUCCACCACAGCUUUGCCGAGUGGCUCCUGGAUGUGAAGCACUGCACCCAGAAAUACCUGUGUAACGCUGCGGAAGGGCACCGGAUGCUGGCCAUGAGCUACACCUGCCAGGCCCGGGACCUGACGCCCCAGGGAGCGCAAGAAUUUGCCUUGCACUUGAUUAACUCGAACUUGCAGUUGGAGCCAGCCGAGCUGGCGCUGUGGAUGAUAUGGAAUGGCACCCCGGUCAAAGACUCUCUGUCCACCUUGAUACCCAAGGAGCAAGAGGUGCUGCAGUUGCUCAUCCGAGCCGGAGCUCACGUCAACAGCGAGGACGAUCGCACGUCGUGCAUCGUCCGGCAGGCCCUGGAGAGAGAGGACUCCAUUCGGACAUUACUGGACAGCGGAGCAUCGGUCAACCAGUGUGACUCCAACGGCAGAACUCUGCUGGCCAAUGCGGCUUACAGCGGCAGUCUGGAUGUGGUGAACCUGCUUGUCUCCAGGGGGGCCGACUUGGAGAUCGAAGAUGCCCACGGACACACGCCCCUCACCCUGGCGGCCCGACAAGGGCACACAAAGGUGGUCAACUGCCUGAUUGGGUGUGGAGCCAACAUUAACCAUACGGAUCAGGACGGUUGGACGGCCCUGAGGUCCGCUGCUUGGGGGGGCCACACCGAGGUUGUGUCUGCCCUGCUUUACGCUGGCGUAAAGGUAGACUGCGCGGACGCGGACAGCCGGACGGCGCUGCGUGCAGCCGCCUGGGGGGGCCACGAGGACAUCGUCCUGAACCUGCUGCAGCACGGUGCCGAGGUCAACAAAGCCGACAAUGAAGGGAGGACGGCGCUGAUCGCCGCGGCCUACAUGGGCCACAGAGAGAUCGUCGAGCACCUGCUGGACCAUGGCGCCGAGGUGAACCACGAGGACGUGGACGGCAGGACGGCCCUCUCCGUGGCCGCGCUGUGCGUGCCGGCCAGCAAGGGGCACGCGUCAGUCGUGAGCCUUUUGAUUGACCGAGGGGCCGAGGUAGAUCACUGUGACAAGGAUGGCAUGACGCCCCUGCUGGUGGCGGCCUACGAAGGUCACGUGGACGUGGUGGACCUGCUUCUCGAGGGAGGAGCGGAUGUAGAUCACACGGACAACAACGGGCGGACCCCCCUGCUGGCCGCAGCUUCCAUGGGGCAUGCUUCUGUGGUCAACACGCUUCUGUUCUGGGGCGCAGCCGUGGACAGCAUCGACAGCGAAGGCCGGACGGUCCUCAGCAUCGCCUCGGCACAGGGGAACGUGGAGGUGGUGCGCACCCUCCUGGACAGAGGCUUGGACGAGAGCCACCGCGACGAUGCUGGCUGGACGCCUCUGCACAUGGCAGCUUUUGAGGGCCACAGGUUAAUAUGUGAAGCCCUCAUCGAGCAAGGUGCUAGAACAAAUGAGAUUGACAACGACGGGCGCAUCCCUUUCAUUUUGGCCGCCCAGGAGGGCCACUAUGAUUGUGUCCAGAUCCUCCUAGAGAACAAAUCCAACAUCGAUCAGAGGGGCUAUGACGGGAGAAAUGCCUUGCGCGUUGCCGCCCUGGAAGGGCACCGGGACAUCGUGGAAUUACUCUUCAGCCACGGGGCCGAUGUGAACUACAAAGACGCUGACGGGCGGCCCACGCUUUACAUACUGGCCCUAGAGAACCAACUUACAAUGGCCGAGUAUUUUCUGGAAAACGGUGCGAACGUGGAGGCCUGCGAUGCGGAGGGAAGGACGGCUCUGCACGUCUCCUGCUGGCAGGGCCACGUGGAGAUGGUGCGGGUGCUUAUCGCCUGCCACGCCGACGUCAACGCGGCGGACAACGAGAAGCGCUCGGCCUUGCAGUCUGCCGCCUGGCAGGGCCACGUCAAAGUGGUCCAGCUUCUGAUAGAGCACGGCGCCGUGGUGGACCACACGUGCAACCAAGGCGCCACGGCCCUGUGCAUCGCGGCCCAGGAGGGACAUGUGGAUGUGGUGCAGGUUCUGCUAGAGCACGGCGCCGACCCCAACCACGCCGACCAGUUUGGACGUACUGCCAUGAGGGUGGCAGCCAAAAACGGGCAUUCUCAGAUCAUUAAGCUGUUAGAAAAAUAUGGUGCUUCCAGUCUGAAUGGCUGCUCCCCCUCCCCUGUCCACACGAUGGAGCAGAAGCCUCCACAGUCCGCGCCGUCCAAGAUGCAGUCUCUGACCAUCAGGUCCAACAGCUCUGGUGGUACUGGCGGAGGGGACGCGCAGCCUUCCCUCCGGGGCCUGCCCAAUGGGCCGGCUCAUGCCUUCAGCUCUCCGUCAGAGUCUCCAGACUCGACUGUGGACCGGCAAAAGUCGUCCCUGUCCAACAAUUCCCUGAAAAGCUCAAAAAAUUCAUCUCUGAGAACGACCUCCUCCACAGCCACGGCUCAAACGGUGCCCAUUGACAGUUUCCACAGCCUGUCAUUCACGGAGCAGAUCCAGCAGCACUCGCUGCCUCGCAGCAGGAGCAGACAGUCAGUCGUGUCCCCCUCCUCCACAACCCAGUCCCUAGGACACAGCCAUAAUUCUCCCAGUAGUGAGUUUGAAUGGAGCCAAGUGAAGCCAAGUCUGAAGUCAACAAAAUCAAAUAAAGGGGGCAAAUCAGAGAACUCCAGCAAGUCUGGGUCAGCUGGGAAGAAAGCAAAACAAAAUAAUUCCUCACAGCCAAAGGUUCUAGAAUACGAAAUGACUCAGUUUGACAGAAGAGGACCUGUCGCUAAGCCUGGGAGUAGCCCACCUAAGCAGACGCCGCCGGCGGAAUCUCAGUGUAAGACCAUGGUCCCUUUACCUCAGGACAGCAACCGUGCCCAGCAACAGCUUCUCCUCCACCAGCAGGGCGGUGAGCAGAAGAGAAGGAAUGGCAUAAUGACGAACCCCAAUUACCAUCUGCAGAGCAACCAGGUGUUCCUGGGCAGGGUCUCUGUCCCUCGCACAGUGCAGGAGCGAGGGCAUCAGGAGGUGCUGGAGGGGUUCCCUCCCUCAGAGACAGAGCUGAACCUUAAACAAGCCCUGAAGCUCCAGAUUGAGGGCUCUGACCCCAGCUUCAACUACAAGAAGGAAACACCCUUGUGAGAGUUUCCGCUUGUGUGAAACAGGAGGCAUUAGGUCAGAAUGGCCAUUCAGCUGCCAGAUGGAAGCAAGACGCCUGAGGACGUGCUGCCGAGACUGUGACUCCCACAGUACUGUUUCCUGACUUCCUGUCAUGUGCCUACCCAGUAAGGCUGCCUGUCUCAGCCUAACCCGUGCUGAAGCAGUCUCCACCACACCUAAUAAAUGCAGAUGUAAACAGCAGUUCCUCGAUACAACCAAACCCAGUUUUGAGUAUUUUCCCAUUUGCUAAACGUGCAUGUGCCACGGUCAGGUGUCUCCGCAAAGGCGGUGUUCUGUAUUUAUUGUUUUCUGCGUUGUGGUGUGUACUCGGUCCCAUCGAUUGUCUGGUGUGCCUGGUUCUUGUGUAUUUAAUAGAUGUUAGUCAAUAAAGCAAUUCUUGCAAGUGUUUUCUGUCCGCUAACCUUCAGCAUUAGACAAAAACAAGUUUCUGUGUUAAUGCCACAUGGAGGUGAAAAAAAUGACUUUGUGACUCAAUUCUGGUGGUGUAGCAAGUCACUCUGGGUAGUUUAAGUCUCCGUUUUCCAGCCAAGUACCGUUUGUGUCAGGCUGAAUGUGACAGAGCAGGCGAACACCAGUCAUUCCAACUGCAGACAGAAGAGCUCUGUGACUUCAACACGGGCUCUGAGCCAUCUUCCAGCUGCCUGUCAUCCCACCUGCAACUAGACAGACCACCGCUCCUGCUCCUGAAGCUUGGACUUUCUCAGGGACAGAGCUGUUAGUGCCUGUGGGGCACGUGUGUAGACAGGCUCCAGGUCCAGCUAAGGAUGAAGCUCUGAUCCCUGAAUCAUUCACCGGCUGCCUUCAUCUCCUCCAGCUAAAUGAAAUGUAAUUGAAUGCUCAGUGCUCUGAGCUGUUUCCACUUGCCAAUUACUGCAUGAUCAAAUUAGCCCCAGUCAGAACCAAUUGGGUACAUUUGAAUGGCUUGGUGGGAUGGAUGUUCUUGAAUGUACGCUGUGCUGUCCAUCACAAGUGACACCGCUGACCAUUAGUCACAGCACAUAUCUUCUGUUACUUGCUAGACGUGAUGGGCUUGCACUUCUCUGGCCACAUUCUCUUUCCUGUUUUCUUCUUUGCACAGUUGCACAGAGGGUGGCUGGAUGCCAUGGUUAAGGGAGGCGUCUGCACUAGGGAACUCGGAUUGCACAAAUGUUUGGCAGGAUGAUUCAGAAGCCAAGGAUGGUUUGAUCCUUGAGUGAGUCCCGUCCAUCUUCCCAGCCUAGGAGAUUCUGUACACUCCAUGUGCUGUUGCUAAGGGGAAAUGGGGAAAGAGAAUUUGGAAAUUGAGCACAAAACCAUUGCUACUACUGACAACUUUGGAAUGUUUAAUGAGAGGCCAGUAAUGGUCAUCGUGCGCGAAGGGCGCCAGUAGUGUUGUUUAUGGAAGUGCAGAUGUGUAAUUUCUGUGAUGAGUGUUUCUCACGUGAGUCUGUGUGUAAGCCUUUCCUUGCUUUCCGUCUUUCCCAUGUCGGCCAAGCUCAUUUCCCGUGUGUCAUCCAUCAGUCAUAACCAGGAUGAGGGAGAGCUGAUGAAUUCACUGACAGCAAAGAUGACGACGUGGUUGAUACUGACAAGUCAAAUGUGAAUGGUUCAAGGAUUGAAUUCUUGUCCCUAUGGGACGUUGAUUAAUGACAUUGAACAGGACUCUUGGAAGGCAGCCUUAAAAGUUUCUGAAUCUGUUGAGAAGUGUGGGGUCACAGCCUGUUACUAGAACCAGCAUCACUCCGUCUCUCACACACAUUGACCAUAGAAGAGGAACUUCUUAUUAGGUGGAUGUUUUUUUAAGGAAGAGACUCUGAAAGCUGCCAUUUUUUUUCUCUUCACCUUGAAUUAUUGAAAUCAUAUUUAUUUAAUUUUAUUGCUUUUACAAAGUUGCACCUUGUGACCAAAGGGCAAAGACAACUUGGUGCGUUAGGGAUUUGUGUUUUCCACCUGUUUUUGUUUCCAUCUUUACACACCUGGAAACAGUUGCUAGGAGGAGAGUCUGUUGAAGAAAUCAGAUUCUCAUAAAUACUCCUUGGGGUAUUUUUUUGUUUGUUUCUUGUUUUUGUUUUUAUAAUCAGUUAUGAUUAGAGUAGAACAAAAAUGGCUUCUGGUGAAGACCAGGCUGACCAAGGUGCUGUAGCCAGCCCGUUGUGCUUGUUCAUUUUGGGAUAGGGGAGGGGAGGGUUAGUACCACAACUGGGAAAAACAAUGACUUCUGCUCUACUACGAAGAUAAGAAACGGUUCCAAAAAUUAAAAAAAAAAAAAAGCUAUUUUUUAAAUUCAAAUGUCUAAAUUUUGUAAGUCAACUGUUUAGGCUGUCAUGUGUGUAUAACAUUUUUGUGGCGUUUCUUCACACCCCUUCCCAAAGGUCAGGUGAAACAUCAGAAAAGUAAACAUCUGAAGGAAACAUCAGGGAAGUUUGGGGCCCAAGAAGACCAGAAGUCAGAGCCCUGUGGUGUCCAGCGAAUACCUUUUGUUCUGUUCUCCCCCACCCACCCCUACCCGAUUCCUCAACAAAGCAAAUAGCCCCUUACUUCAGAGUCAGGAGCAGGUCAUCAUGCUGUUUGGCUAGGCGACUGUUCGUUUUGCUUAAUGUCCCCCCAUCAACACUUUCCAUAAAUGUAGUCGCAGACAGAUGCUUUCUUUUGUUCUCUCUGUGUGGGGUGUGUAAAUAACCUAAAAUGUACAUUGAAUUUCACAGUGUAAAGUAUUAUUUUAUUCCUUGUAUUAUAUUACGCGAAAACAUCCUGAUGUACAUGAAGUGCAUAAUAAAUCUAUUUGCUUUACAGAAAA